AUGUUAUAUGUAUGUUCAGGUUAUGAACUUCCUUGGGAAGAUGCCAAAUUUGUUUAUCCCAACAACAUGGCACCACCUUUAGAAAUUGCGAUUGAGGCAAGCAAUGGAGCAUCAGACUACGGAAAUAAGUUUGGAGAGCCAGUUCUUGCUGGGUUUGCAAGAUCAUUUGGUAUGAUGUUACCAAAUGGAGAGAGACGUGAGUGGGUGAAGCCAAUAAUGUUUAGUGGUGGAAUAGGAAUGAUUGAUGGUGAGGGAGUGACAAAACUACAGCCUGAAAAAGGUAAGAAAAUAUUUCAAAAAAAAAGGAAGAAAGAAAGAAAGAAAAGAAAUGAAAUAGCACCUUGUGCAAAGAGGUUCCAUUUUGUCCACUAGAAAAUCCUGCAGCAUGUUCUGUCCACAGGCAAAACUGUUUGAUGAGACUCCAAUCUUCACUUCCUUCAAGUCCCAAUAGUGACCAAGAUCAAUUUUCUCCUAACAAUAUCCAUACAAUGUCAAGAGAUAAGUUAUGAGAAUAAAAUGAUCACCCAAGACAAAAUGCCUUGAUCUAUUAUCAAAUUCUCUCAACUAAUUCUUUAAGGAAAUAUGGAGAUCAGUUUGGAGAAUUUGUACAUGGAUACUGGGGCUUAAAGGGUUAUCCAGGAGUGACAGGUUUUAUCUGAAGAUGCUUGUCUUAAUCAGUUUAUUGUAUGUGGUUAAUGGUGUGCAAUUAGCUCAGUUAGAAGGAUGCUGGUCUGCUGAGCAGGAGGUUGUGAGUCCAAAUCCUGGCAGAACUACAUUUGUAAAAACAACUUAGGUCUUUGAAAAACUUAAAACUGUGAGAUCAUUCUACCUGUAUGUGAGGUCACUACCAAAUCACUAGGUCAUCUGAAUUGAGAAAGGGUUUCACUUGGCCUUGUCUCCCCUUUCACAUCAGUUGGAAGGGGACCUUAAAGAACCUAUGACAAGUCAUUGUUUGAAAAGAGUAGGGAAUGAAGGCCUUGCAGUGAUGACGUAGUCUAUCUGACUUGUCCAAUCAUUGGUUGGAUUGGGUGAGAUGAGAUUAAACUUGAACAUAGGUGGGUGAAAAAUGCUGCCUUUGCAUGCUGAUGCCUGAUCUUACCUCUUUGGUCCCUCUGGAAAGGAAUUCAGCCACUGGUUGUAAAAGAGGGAAUUUAGCACUGUUUAUUUACCGUAGUUUUAUUUACGGUAACUUUUUUAAUAAAAAGGAAUGGAGGUUGUCAAAGUUGGUGGCCCUGUGUAUCGGAUUGGUGUUGGAGGUGGAGCUGCCUCUUCAAUACAGGUUCAAGGGGAUAAUGAAUCAGAGCUGGACUUUGGUGCUGUUCAACGAGGUGAUGCUGAAAUGGAGCAGAAACUGAACCGAGCCAUUCGAGCCUGCAUUGAAAUGGAUUCUGGUAAUCCUAUCUGCAGUAUUCAUGACCAAGGAGCUGGAGGGAAUGGUGAGGGCUUCAACUUUGAAAUUAUUACUAUAACAUGUAUCAUAAAGUAGUAAAAAAUACUUAAUCAUCCCCCCUUUUAAUAAUCAAUUUAUGGCUUUUCAGUGAUAAUGAAACAAAUAAUAAAUUAUUUGUUUCAUAACAAGGUUAAGAUUCCCAACUGGCAUGAUGCGAGCCAGCAUUGUUUUAUUAAAAAAAAAAAAAUAUCAAGUAAAGAAUUGAAAUGAUUGCUAAAAAGUCACUGUCUUUUUCCCAAAAUAACUGUACAGAGAAACUGCAAAGUUAAUAAGGAAUAAAACUUGUCAUAGAAAUUAUGUUUAUUAUGUUCCUCAUGCAGGGAAUGUACUGAAAGAGAUCUCUGAACCUGCUGGAGCAGUUAUUAGACUUAAAGACUUCAUGCUUGGUGAUCCAACCAUUUCCGUCUUGGAGCUGUGGGGUGCUGAGUAUCAGGAGAGUAAUGCAUUACUGGUGCAUGCUGAAAACAGGCAAACUUUGCAAGACAUUUGUGAUAGAGAGAAGGUGCCAGUAUCAUUUGUAGGGGAAAUAACAGGUAAGCAGUGGUAAUCCAAAAACAAUGCAGAGGAUUACUUUAUUACUUGUCCAUGAGGCCUCACACCUUACCGCUGCCCAAAAAUAAAACGUUGUAUUGAGAAAGACACGGAGUUGAAUGAACCUUCAUAUGCCACCACCUCUCAUAAUAGCAACCAUCUUCCACAAAUGACCACCUUUUGAAAACACCCAAAUUUUCCUAGAAGUCUUGUAUCAGAACCUCUCUUAAAUGAUCACCUCUCGUAAGCAACCAAGACUACUUUUUUGGAUGAUGUUUUUAAAAUUUUUCAUUGUUUAACUCCCUGGUAAGCGACCAUUUGAUGCAUGGAUUGAUGUCUAUCUUUGCUGUAUGUACUACACUUUUCACAGUAUACAAAAAACUUUUACUGACAACAUGAAACUGCACAAUAAUAUGAAUAUGAAAUUGCAUGCUAUGGAUUCUUGUCCAAAAUGUAGAUGUGUUCGGAUCUUUUCUAGGAAAGGACCCCUUGGUUUGAUUCUCAUAAACAACUACCUGUAAUUGACCACUAAAUGUUUGCGAUAUUGGUGGUCACUUGUGAGAUAUUCAACUGUACUUCAGUUUCAAAGCUUUUCCAUUGAUCCUACCAAUUUCCAAUUUUGAGCUUGCACUUGGGAGUGGAUCCAUGUUUUGGUGACUUGCUUCUAGGGACCAUUUUGGGAGACAAAUUUUGACCCAGUUACCUGCCCAACCUUGUAAAAGCCAAUGAAAGAAUUAGCGACGGCAUUUCCAGAUCGGCUCCUAUAGUGGUGUUUGACACAACACUGAACUAGACUUUCAUGCAGCGUCAAAAUGGCCAACUUGGACUACAGCGGGGGAUGGCGACUUAGCCUGCUAAUAUGAAUAGCUCUUAACAUUACCUGCAGUGGCAAGAGAUUUUUUGUACAGUUAGCAAAGAGAGGUGGCCAUAUGCACAGGUGAAGGAGCCACUUGCGCACUAGAUAAUGAAAAGUGGUGGCCAAAUCUAAAAAAAUUGGUUGUCAUGUUAUUAUUUUACAUGUUAACAGGAAGAACAUCCAGAACAUCCAUUUUUGUCCUUCAUAAUAACUCUACCUCAAGUUGGUACUGGGGGGUACCAUAUACAGUGUAACUUUUUGAACUACAAGAUGUCUUCUGGAGCAACAGGCUAGUUUCUUUCUGGGAUUUAAGACAUAUAUAUGUUUUUUAAAUUAGCAGGCUUUUUGAAUGCCUAAUCACUUCCUCAGGUGUAACUUUACACAUUUGCAAUAAUACUUGUAUUAUACAAGGCCUUGAGCAAGGUGUGAUGAAGAAUUCAUGGGACUACAUAGUGAACAAUGCUUAAAAUUUAGGCACAUUUCAACCUGUAUGCCCUUUAUGAAGUAGUUAAUAAAACUACUGUCAUAAAAACCUUAUGUUUCACUCAAUUUCAUCUGGCAGGUGAUGGAAGAAUUGUGUUGGAAGAUGAAACUUCCCAUUUUGAAAAUGGAAUAUCAACAGAGGAAAAUGGUGUGCCAAGCAAACGCCAGAGAACGACAACUUAUCCGGUUGAUCUGGAACUUGAAGUUGUGCUUGGGAAAAUGCCACAGAAGGUUCAGUAAUAUUAUUUUGUUCUUUUCAUAAUUGUGAAGCAGUUUCUUUUGGCACUUCAUUGAAAAAUAACACUAUUUUUCUUUAAUUUUUUUUCAGGUUUUUAAUUUAGAGCGUGUGAAGUCACAGUUAGUGCCACUGCAUAUACAACCUAGUUUUACAGUGAAGGAAAUGUUAGACAGAGUGUUACGUCUGCCAGCAGUUGCCAGCAAGAGAUAUCUCACAAACAAGGUAGUAAAUAAGCUAGAGGGUAUGAAAACGAGCUCUGGUGACAAUGUUCUUUCUUCCAUUCUCUUCCAUUUUGCGUACUUUUGUAGAAAAUAUUUCAUGUCAAAAGUGAUCACAAAGGUAACUGUUAUACAACACAUUUAACAGUAUCCUUCCAGCAAAUCAGUGUUAUUGGUGAAUAGCGAGAACAUAAAUGAAUAAGGAUAGGUAAAUAAUAUUGAUAAAUACAAGGGUAAAAUAAUACACUCUCAGUAUGGUAACCCAAGAUGAUCUAAAGCAGUGGUAUAUACAUGUAGAAGUAAUGUGUAACAGGCUCUAAGUUGUUUUUUUUUAAUGUGUACUUAAGGUUGACCGCAGUGUCACUGGUCUGGUUGCCCGGCAACAGUGUGUAGGUCCAUUGCAUACACCAGUGGCUGAUGUGGCGGUGACAGCACUGACACACUUUGACACGGUGGGCUCAGCCACUGCCAUUGGAGAACAGCCAAUCAAAGGCCUAGUAGACCCAGCAUGUGGAGCAAGAGUGGCUGUUGGAGAAGCUCUAACAAAUUUGGUGUUUGCAAGAAUAACUGAUCUAAAGGUAUCAAAUUCAAGCUUGUUUCCUCUAGCCUCCCAUGCGGGCAAUUUUUAGGGGAGUCGUACUUCCUCCUCAGUCUCUCCUAAAAUGCCUGUGUUUCCUGAUGCAAUGCUUUUCUUUUGUUUCAAGGAGAUCCAGUGUCCAAAGAAUUUAUUGAUACACAAAUUUUUUUAAAGUGUUUUUUAUUCUUUUUUUAUUUCCUCAUCUUGUAAUGAUACAAUGAUAAAUAAAUUACAAACAAUAUCAGAAAAAUAAUGGCAAGAAAGCUCAAAGAAACCAUAAGGCUUAUGCAAUGUGGGCUUUCUCUACUAAAUUGCUAAAAACACUGAAUAUUAAUUGAAUGGCGACAACACACUGUCUUGAUGUGAUAGUUUGAUGAAGUAGUAAGCUUUUAAAUCAACUGAAUGAACUUGCAGUGUAGAAAAACUGUUACACCCAUCAGGGCUGUCAUUAAGGGCCGUAACCUGUAACACCUGUUAUGGCUAGAGCUCACCUGAUGAUCAAAGUGGAAAGCGUAAGGUGGCACUGUAAAUUUUUGUGAGAUGUUACGGGUGAAUCUUCAUUUGCUACAGCUGCUUCAAAACUUAAUGUCAGCCCUGCCCAUAAACAAGCAUACAUUAGAAUAUUUGUGAAAGCCGCUCAGUUGAAGUAUUGGUGUACACUCUUCUGUGAUGGGGAACAGGUGAUAAAUCUGGGGUGCCACAAAGCAAAGACUAAGAAUUAUUAUCAACCUGUAAUUCCUGAAGGAACAAGUGAAGCAAUUCUUACUUUUGAACGUAUGGAUUGAAUCCUAUGGUUGGAUCAUAAAAAAGUCUCUUCAUAAGUACUGUAACAUAGCACUUUUUGCUUUCUUAGUAUUUUGUUUUUACUAGAUAAAAUGUAGAAUUUUCCUCGAAUUUUGCCUCUUCCUGUCACUGAGAGUAAAAGAGUUACUGUAGUACAAUGGAAGUGAGAUGCUUUGAAUGGUAAAUGUUUCAUGAACCAUUCAACCUGAAUGCUUCCCAGAUAAAAGCUGUUUUUUUUAGUGAGAUUAAUUCCUCAGGAUGGCCUCCCUAUAUUGGCCAUGUGUGCUGAUCAUUACUCACUGACAUUUUAAGGUGGACAGUGUUGAAGGUCACGUUAUUUUUGUACCGCAAUUUCUUCCAAUAUAUAAUUGUCAGUUACAAGGCCACAACCCAACAGUACCACCGAAGGAAAAAAGUUCCUGUCGCCUAAGUUUUGUUUCCAAAAUUUCAUGUACAUGUAGCAAGUUAAGCGAUAAAAUAUCAAUUGAAACAAAAAAUUGUACUAGCUUUGAAGGUAAAUUUAAAUUUUUGCAGUCUCUACUACCUCAUAGUGUCAUUUACUGUGUCCCUAGUACGUCUGGUUAACGGUCAUCAGGCCGCCGACGAAAUCCACACCAAGACAUCUAAUCGCCACCACAUAAAUAUAAUAACUGGAAUAAUUGACAAUGUUUUCUUACAAUACCUGGGACAUUUACUUCUUCCUCAAGCCCAAAAUCAAUAUAAGUUUAUCGAUUUUAAUUGACACCUUGCUUUGAACUUUUUAUCUUUAGUUUUAUUUUUGUGAAUAAUUUGCAACUUUUUAAUGCCUUAAUACGGCUUAUUUGGAUCGCUCGAGAAGUGUAAUUUGUUUAAAAUCCAACAGCCUUCUUAUGAAAGUUGGUUAAUGUUGUCACUUGAACCUUACCGGCAGGAUGUUAAAUGCAGUGGUAAUUGGAUGUGGCCUGCAAAAUUACCAGGAGAAGGUGCCAGUCUGUACGAUGCAUGUGCGGCUAUGUGCAGUGUCAUGUCAUCCCUUGGCAUUGCCAUUGAUGGUGGAAAAGACUCGUUGAGCAUGGCUGCCAGAGUGGGAGGUGAUACCGUUAAAGCACCUGGCUCUCUGGUUAUUUCAGUCUAUGCGGCAUGUCCAGACAUCCAAGCCACAGUUACUCCAGAUUUGAAGAUCCCAGGUGAAGGAGGGAACCUGGUCUGGGUCAAGUUUGGUGUUGAUUGUAACUACAGGCUGGGAGGAAGUGCUUUGGCGCAGGUGUACAAUCAGCUUGGGAGCGAGGCACCUGAUUUAGACGAUCCAAAGGUAAGAAACCAUGUUUCAAUGAAAGCACCCUCUGGAAUAUUGGAAACAGUUGUCCGCCAGUGACAGAUCUUCUUUUACAGCCCGGUACUUCUACUUACACACACAGGUGAUCGUGUCUGUAUACAGCUAUUUCAAUGAAAUUUUCGAAAAGCCUGCAUGACAAGACUAGAUAUGCUCAGUGUGGGCAAUUAAAUAAACACACCUAGCAACUGUUCCGUUAUAAAAUCACUAUCGUAAACCUUUGUAACGUUUUAUACCAUCUUGUGGCACAGACAACCACAAAGUUAUGACAGAAUUACAAAGGAUUUACAGACCUUGUUGGACCUUAUUGUCCUGUCGCCUACGCUUGAGGCGCUAGGAUCCGUCAACGUUGGUUACUAUUUUCAAUAAUCUGGCCGAGUUUUAUCUCCCAUGAAAACCUCUUUAGAAGGCCAGAGUAUGACAUAGCAUUGUCAGUGAUGGUAGAACAUUACAUGCAUUACACAGCCGACCACAGACUCUUCUACUCGGAGUUUUUGUUGAUCACAGUUUUUAUUUUAUGAAUGAAAUAAAAGAAUUUCAUAUUAUUUUGUUUCAGAUCUUCGAGGCUGCUUUCAGGACCACACAGGAACUGAUAUCACAGGGUCUUAUCGUGUCUGGCCAUGAUAUUAGCGACGGAGGCCUGAUUACUACUCUUUUGGAGAUGGCCUUUGCUGGAAACUGUGGCCUGACAGUUGACAUUCCUUGUUCAGAAAACAGUACCUCAACAGUGAGCAAAGUAGCAGAUGUGCUUUUUGCCGAGGAGCUUGGAAUUGUUCUGGAAAUUGAAGAAGAGAACACUGAAAAAGUUUUGAACGCCCUCCGUGAGAAAGGCGUACCUUGCCACCAAAUUGGCAGAUCAAACGGGAUUGCUGAUGAUGCAGUUGUUUUAGUCCGUGUCGGGGGUGAGCUUGUGCUGGAACAGAAAAUGGUGGAUUUGCGAGAUAUUUGGGAGGCAACUAGUUUCCAGUUGGAGAGACUGCAGAUAAACCCACAGUGUGCACAAGAAGAAGAAGCUGGGCUUCGUACAAGGCGUGCUCCAGGGUACAAGCUGUCAUUUGAACCAGUGCCUUUACCCCCAGUGAACACUGAUGUUCGUCCGAAAGUGGCAAUUAUACGCGAAGAAGGAAGCAAUGGAGACCGGGAAAUGGUUGCGAGCUUUUACAUGGCUGGAUUUGAAGCUUGGGACAUUACUAUGCAUGACCUGUGCAGCGGAAAAAUGUCGCUGGAAGAUUUCCGUGGGGCAGUGUUUGUUGGUGGGUUUAGCUAUGCUGAUGUGCUUGGAUCAGCCAAAGGAUGGGCAGCAGUGUGUAACAUCAACCCCACCGUUAGGGCUCAGUUAGAUGCUUUCUUUGCCAGACAAGACACCUUUAGCUUGGGAGUGUGUAACGGCUGCCAGUUGAUGGGCCUUCUAGGCUGGGUUGGUCGGUAUACCAAGAGUCACAAUGAUUCCAGCUCCAAACAGGGUGUUUACUUCACCCACAAUACCUCUGAGCGUUUUGAAUCGCGGUUUGUGACAGUCAAAAUCCAGUCCAGCCCUGCCAUGAUGUUGAGUGGUAUGGAGGGAUCCACUCUGGGUAUUUGGGUUGCACAUGGCGAAGGACGAAUCCAGUUCCGUGAUGACAGCGUGCUGCAGAAUAUCAAAACCAACAACCUUGUACCACUUUGUUAUGUAGACGAUGACGACUGUCCAACCACGCAGUACCCGCUUAAUCCCAAUGGAUCCCCUGAGGGGAUAGCUGGUCUCUCCUCUCCUGAUGGACGGCAUCUUGCAAUGAUGCCCCACCCAGAGAGAUGUACGUUGCUGUGGCAAUGGCCAUGGAUGCCUCGUGAUUGGCAGAAUACUCUCGAGGCAUCUCCAUGGCUACGCAUGUUCCAGAAUGCCUACGCAUGGUGCGUGCAAAGUCAAGAAAGUUAAAAUGUAUUCCCUGAGUGUUUUCUGUAACCUAUCGGAGUGCAUUUCUGUUUUUGUCGAGAGGAAAGCAUUAUCAGAAGCACUUAGCUUGAAAAAUUACAGUUAUUUCUGUACAUCUUUCAUAUGUUAUUGAACUUUGAUGGAAUCAUAAAUUCUGAACUAUGGUAGUUUAGGAGGUUUGGUUUCUUAGUUGUUACAAUACGCCUUAUGGAAACUUUUAAGAACACCCUUGUUACCGACAGUGAAAGGAAAAGUUUACUUCGCGCAAGCUACUGUAAGUGUUUCCGUUGUAGUGGUUUCGAGCUAUUGCAGACUUUUAGGCUUGAUUUGCAGUUAAAGCCUUAUAAAACAAUACUGUUUUUUGU